AUGAUAUCUAAAGAGGUUACAGAAACCUUAAAUAACCAAUCAAUACCAAACAUAGAUAAAUAUUUAUAUUUGAAGCAAAUAAUAUACACGAAUACCGAGUCAGAAUCUAAUCAAGUGCUAGAUAACUUACCACUAGAUAGCGAAGAUGAAGAGUUGGGUGCAUUAAUGAUCUUAUUGAAAAUUGAGUUUAUCCUAGAAUUUAAAGAAAUAGAUAUCUAUGAGGUGGAUUCUCUUAAUAAAAUGGUUCAGCUUUCGAGUGCUUUCCCAAAAGGGCCUUUUAACGUACAGACUAAUCCAACUAGACAAUACAUACGAGUGAAAUAUAAUGAUUUAUACAACGAUUUCCAAUAUCUAUUCAAUCCAACUGUUACAAUCUUUAGGUUUAUGGAGCUUGUCAAUAAAAAAUUAACUACAUUGAGUAACAUACCUGAUACGGAAGAUGAUAAUGUUAUAGAUUUGGCAGUAGACUUAUACUUGAAGGUGGUUGAUUACUGUUUGUUGGCAGGAAGCGACUUCAGGAAAAAAAACAUAUUGAAGUUUCUUGACGAAACAUUAGGGAUAUCGCAAGCAACAGGGCUAGAUUCCACGAUUGCAAGCAGAUUUAACAAGAAAGUCGAUGAUUCAAUAAGAGGUAUAUUCACAUUACUUAACGAGGAGAAAUUUAUCCUGUUUACACAAUACGAAACAUUUUUGACUAAUUCGGAAGCACCAAUAGUGAAGAGAAUUGCGAAGACCAAUUCAUCAUUAUUGGUAUCAAAUUUCCUUGAAAAUAAUAUUUCGUUGCUUCCUAAAUACUAUAUGAAUAUUCAUUUAGAUAAGAUAACGCAAUUGUUCAUAAUACCGACAGAUUUGGAUAUUGAGGGCCUUGUUUCGCAAAUGAUAAUCAAUGGAAAAUUACCACCAGGUACUUGCAUAGAUCAAAUGGAACAGACUAUAAUAUUUGGCGAAUUUCAGCCUGAAUACAGCAAUUUUGACACGCAUGUGCAAGAGGUUUCUGAAAUGGUAGACGAAAUAGCAAAUAUAAUUCAUAACACCAAUAUAUAA